UAUGUAGGAAGAAAUAUAAAAAUAUGAAAAUCAGCGUUGACGGUUUACUAGUAUAUUUCCCUUACGAUUACAUUUAUCCAGAACAAUAUGCGUACAUGCUCGAACUUAAGCGAGGCUUGGAUGCAAAAGGUCACUGUUUAUUGGAAAUGCCAUCAGGCACUGGCAAAACAAUUACUUUAUUAUCAUUAAUUGUAGCGUACAUGCUGGAACAUCCAUUAAACAUUACAAAAUUAAUUUAUUGCUCCCGUACUGUACCAGAAAUAGAAAAAGUUAUAGAGGAAUUGAAAAAGCUUAUGGAGUAUUAUGAAAAAGAAACUGAAACUAAGCCUAAAAUUGUUGGCUUAGUGCUUAGCUCACGUAAAAAUAUGUGUAUUCAUCCUGAGGUAAGCAGAGAACGAGAAGGUAAAAUUGUCGAUGGACGUUGUCACUCUCUCACAGCAUCAUACAUUCGUGAGAGACAUAAUUAUGAUGAAUCCACUCCCAUUUGUAAUUUUUACGAAGGAUUUGACAUGGAAGGCAAAGAGCAACUAAUGCCACCUGGCAUAUAUUCAAUUGAUGAUUUAAAGGAAUAUGGAAGAGAUCGUAAUUGGUGUCCAUACUUUCUUGCAAGGUUUACAAUUUUACAUGCUCAAAUUGUGGUAUACAGUUAUCAUUAUUUAUUAGAUCCAAAAAUUGCUGAAACUGUAUCAAAAGAAUUAAGUAAAUCUUCUGUUGUAGUUUUUGAUGAAGCUCACAAUAUAGAUAAUGUGUGCAUUGAUUCAAUGAGUGUAAAAAUAAAUAGAAGAACAUUGGAGAAAAGUUCUGCUAAUAUACAGCUACUUGAAAAGACAGUGGCAGAGAUGAGAGAAGAUGAUGUAAAUAAAUUAAAAGAAGAAUAUGAGAGAUUAGUAGAAGGACUAAAAGAUGCACAGGUUGCAAGAGAAACUGAUAUCAUUUUAGCUAAUCCUGUUUUACCAAAUGAAGUUCUAAAUGAAGUGGUUCCUGGUAACAUAAGAAAUGCAGAACAUUUUGUCAGUUUCUUAAAACGUUUUGUAGAGUACUUAAAGACACGUUUACGUAUACAGCACGUAGUUCAAGAAUCACCUGCUGCGUUCUUAAGAGAUAUACAAUCGAAAGUGUCAAUAGAACGUAAACCAUUAAGGUUUUGUGCCGAACGAUUGGCAUCUCUGCUACGAACAAUGGAAAUAACUGAUCUAACUGAUUUUUCACCAAUAAUUUUGGUGACACACCUUGCAACACUAGUGUCAACAUAUACAAAAGGCUUUACCAUUAUAGUAGAACCGUUUGAUGACAAAACACCUACUGUCUUAAAUCCAAUUCUUCAAUUCAGUUGUUUAGAUUCAUCUAUUGCAAUGAAACCUAUAUUUGAUAGAUUUCAAUCAGUAAUAAUCACAUCAGGAACAUUGUCUCCAUUAGACAUGUAUCCUAAGAUAUUAAAUUUUCACCCAGUCAUAAUGUCAUCUUUUACAAUGACAUUAGCCAGGCCAUGUCUUCUACCUAUGAUAGUAUCCAAAGGUAACGAUCAAGUUGCAAUCUCAUCGAAAUAUGAAACUAGGGAAGAUGUUGCCGUUAUAAGGAAUUAUGGACAACUACUGGUUGAGUUUGCAGCUACUGUUCCGGAUGGUUUAGUCUGCUUUUUUACCUCGUACUUUUAUAUGGAAUCUGUUGUCGCUGCAUGGUAUGACCAAGGUGUUGUGGAUCAACUUCAGAGGCACAAGUUAUUAUUUAUUGAAACUCAAGAUUCUGCUGAGACGAGUUUAGCUCUUAUUAAUUAUAUAAAAGCUUGUGAAAAUGGAAGAGGCGCUGUUCUUCUUUCAGUAGCGCGUGGAAAAGUAUCAGAAGGAGUCGAUUUUGAUCAUCAUUUAGGAAGAGCUGUUUUAAUGUUUGGAAUUCCAUAUGUAUAUACACAAUCACGUAUUUUAAAAGCACGUUUAGAAUAUCUUCGUGAUCAAUUCCAAAUCAGAGAAAAUGAUUUCUUAACUUUUGAUGCGAUGAGGCAUGCAGCACAAUGCGUUGGACGUGCAAUUCGAGGCAAAACCGAUUAUGGUAUAAUGGUGUUCGCAGAUAAGAGAUUUUCAAGGAUCGAUAAACGAAGUAAAUUACCAAAGUGGAUACAGGAGCAUUUACUUGAUAGUUUGUGUAAUUUAUCGACUGAAGAAGCUGUGCAGAUAAGUAAACGUUGGUUGAGGCAGAUGGCUCAACCGUUCACACGUGAGAACCAACUAGGAUUAUCAUUGUUAACACGAGAACAACUUGAAAAUACAGAGUAUAGAAAAAUUGAAGAAAAGGCACAACAAAAUUAA